AUGGCUACAGCCUCCGAACUCGAUAAAAUGAGGUGUAACCCGAUCAAGGAACGGCUAGGUGCCUUCCGUCGUCUCUUUGAAACUACACGUUCUGAUCUUGGUGUCGCGUUGUCGUCCGGUGCCGUUCAAACUGUCUUUGCAACGGCUGCCACCCUAGUUGUCAAAAACCUAGUACUCGACCUCAUCCAAGCUCUGCAGAUGGAACCAGCUGCUCGUACUCUCCCUUCCCGAAUAGCUGACGGAACUGUCUAUGGCGACCUUGCUUUGCUAUACGGGUGCGUGCAUUCGAACCAGUUGGAUAUCGCAUUAGCUAUCCCUCUAGUGGAGCUGAUUGUCAGGAAUGAACCUGGCACACCGACUUCGAAUGACGCGGAUAUUUGGCGUACGGUGUUUGAGUUGAUUGCGCGAACGCAUCCUCCGACGCCACCGACUGCCUUCGAGAAAGCCGUCUUCGACACGCCACUACGAUCCAGCUCGGCUUCUCAGAGAGGGAUUGAGCAAACACACGAUGAAGUUGACCAGCGGAUACUUGAGAAACUCACAGGGCGCGUCUACUUCGAUGUUGGAGGCUUCUACGAGCGAUACUUCGAAGGGAAGUGCUGGGCGAACACCGCGAGGGAUAUCUACGAAGAGUCAAGAGCCCAGUGUACAGAGGGUCGCUGGACCGGGUGGCCAGAGCCUUCACUUCAAGGUCCAUUUUUCGAGUGGUUCAUGAAGUUCCAGGAUUCCGUCAGCGGGCUUCGCCGCAAAUACUACACAUCAGCGAAUAAAGCAUUAAGCGGCUCAGAGGCGGAUCGCAAGCUUGACAUUUUCCUCACCCCUGCCGACGCUACCUUGCCGGACGGCGAGCACGAUUGGUCAAAUGUACUUGUCAUUGGGGAACACAAACAGAAUCCCGACGAGGAUCGUUCUAUAAAAACGCUGGUACAGUUGGCGGGAUCUGGACCGUACAACUCCGAGAAGUUCGAUAUCCACAUGGAGCCAGAGCGGUUCAUCAGGGUUAUUGCUGGGUAUGCGCUAAUGACGGAAGCGGAGUUAGGGUUGAAUACGUUUAUCAAGCGUGAUGGGAACAGCAAGUAUAUCGUCGUACGCGGAGUGAGGAUCUCUCAGGAGGACCACCCGAUUGCCUCGCAAAAGGCUAUAGUGUGCCGAGGAACGACAUGCUAUCGAAGAAGGAGAGGAGACUCAGGAGCAUGGGAGCAUGUAGUGAAGUUCGCUUGGCCGUCUGAUAAACGGCAACGAGAGGGUGAUUUAUUGAAGUUGGCCAAGGAAAGGGGUGUCAAAGGCAUUGCUGAGUGGUUCCAUCAUGAGCAGAUUACUAUCGACGAGAACCCGGACACCAUCGCUCAUUUCCGAAGAGGCAUGAAAUUUGGGGCACCACGGAAGCUCUCGAGCAAGGCCUCUUGGGUUGAUGGUAGUGUGGAGUCCAGCCGGGCGUAUCCGAGAACAAGAAGUCUUAGAAGGUCAAGGAGCAGUGCGGCUCGCUUGACGGGUCUGGGAGUUAGGACAAGCAGUACCACAAUUUCAUCUUCUGGGAAGAAAAGAAAAAGAGAUGGAGAAUUCGUCGAUGGCAAUAGUAGGAAGAGAUCCAGAUUAAUCGAGCCAGACACAACCGGCCAUCACAGCAUUCAAGAAGCCCAGCCUGACAGUCUAGCAGGCCGUGAGAAAGCUGCCGCUAAGGGAGACCUAAAAGGGAUGUUGAUUGACCUGGACUUGGCGAAGGAGUUGGACAGUGUGCCGAGUGGAGCUAGUCACCGGAUUGGCACUAUGCAGUUUAUGGCGAUUGAGGUUCUCCAAGGCAAGGGCCACACAUACCGACACGAUCUUGAGACAUUCUUUUACGUCUUCACAUGGAUGUGUAUUCGUUAUGGCCACGAUUACAUGGAUAACGGGCAAGCCAGCAAGAAAGGGCUAUUGGCAACAAGUAGGUUGCGGCGAUGGUACACAGGGACGUAUGCAGACAUUUCCGACACGAAACUUGGCCACAUGGAUAAAAAUGGAUUUGAGAACGUCAUCGCGGAGUUUGCGCCAAAGUUCGAGGGCCUGAAACAGUUGGCUCGCGAGCUCCGAAAUGUCCUCUUUCCAAUUAGGGACGGAGCAAUCUUUACAGGAACGUUCCGCGACAACAAUAUAAUGUACGAUGGGAUGAUCAAGGCGUUCGACAGGGCAAUCGGCUCUCUGGGAAAAGAGGUGCAAGCAACUGCAUAG